AUGUUCUUCAAGCGCCGCUCGUCCCGCGCCAACAGCUACGUUGAACACGACGGCAACCCGCGCUCGCAGUCUUUCGACGAGUCCCUCGAGAAGCGCCCCGAGAGCAGCCGCAAGGAGCAGCCGAUCCCAGGCCAGCAGGACCAGGACGACGCCGACAUGUACCCGCGCCCGCACCAGCCGCAGGAGCAGAGCCUGCCCGUACGCGGCAUGUCCAACGGCGGCCACGGCGGCCACAACGGCCACGGCGGCAUGCCAGCAAUGGGCGGCGUCCCCGUGCCCGCCAUGAACGCGAUCAAGCCGGAGCCCAUGCCCGACCUGCUCGCCGCCGCCUUCAACCAGGCCGUGCGCCCGUACACGGAGAAGAUCGAGCAGCUCGAGAGCCAGCUCGCCGACAUGCAGUCGUGGGUCGAGCAGCUCGAGGCCCAGCGCGCAGAGGUCCACAGCUGGAUCGACAAGCGCGGGCUGCGGCCAGACGUCCCCUCGUCCAUCGCCAAGAUCAUGGACACCACCACCCCCGACGCCGCCCACACGCUCAAUGCCCAGCUCGACCGCAAGAUCACCAUCGUCAACUUCGACCUGCACCGGCUGCAGGACGACCUCAACGACUCCAUCUCCUCCAGCCACUUCGCCUCCUCGAUGCUCAAGUUCCUGCCCGACAUCCAGCGUCUGACGCUCCUCCCCCAGGGCCCCAAGUACGCCUUCGACCUGAUCCUCAAGCUGGGCGGCAACCUCAACUCGCACGGCGGCCUCGACAGCGCCGACAGCACCGACAUCGCCGCCCGCCGCGACUUCUACAGCCGCCUCGACACCGCCAUGGUCGACGUCGUCCAGCGCCGCUUCGGCGAGGGCGAGGAGUGGAAUGUCCAGCGCGAGAUCAAGCGCAUCGAGAAGACAGCCAGCUACCUCAAGACUUACGGCGUCGAGCCCUACUUCCCGCAGACACGCGAGGUUAUGGCGAGGGAAAUGGAGUUCCAGCCCAACGGCGCGCCGAAUGGCCAGGGGACUCCUCCCCGGUACCAUUAG